AUGAAAUUCCAGGCGUCGGAGCUUCCAGUUGGGAAGCCUGAGCCACGAAGAAAAGCAUCAAGACUUACUCCAUUGAUUGCUCUAGUAAUUGUUAUAACAAUUCCAUUAUAUUAUCCAGCUUUAAGAGAUUCAUGGAAACAAUUGUACAAAACGACGUCGCCACCGUACGUGGAUUCAAUCACUCCGAUGGAAUCCCUUCCAACUGAGAACCCUUGCUCCCCCGUCUGCCACCACGAUACGGCCACAGCGGUGGACAACCACCUCGCCCCCAUAAGGAAAAACAAUGAUAAGGAUAAGGGGAGAGGAAGAAGGAAGAGAAAGAGAAAGAGAAGGCCGCAAAAGGAGGAUAAGGGAGUGCAGUGGAAAAGCGCAAGCGAUGAUCAGAGUAGGUAUCGCGGGGAGAUAAGAAGGCGAGUGUCCGAUGAGGAUCAGUGCGACUUGUUUUCGGGCGAAUGGGUGCCGAAUGCGUACGGCCCGUAUUACACGAACGACACGUGCAAUGCAAUUCAGGAGCACCAGAAUUGUCUCAAGUUCGGGCGGCCCGAUAGGGGUUUUUUGAAAUGGAGGUGGAAGCCCGAUGACUGUGAGCUGCCUCUCUUCGAGCCGCGGCAGUUUUUGCAGCUUGUUAGAGGGAAAUCCUUAGCUUUUGUAGGCGAUUCUGUCGCCAGGAAUCAUAUGCAGUCUUUGAUCUGUCUCUUGUCCAGAGUUGCAAAUCCGGUAGACAUGUCGAAACCAUUGGACCAAAACCAACGGUACGAAUACAGAGAGUAUGACUUCAACAUCUCCAUGUUUUGGUCUCCUUACCUAGUCAAAACCGAAAAAACCGAUCUGAACGACGAGCGCCGCCCUUUCAAGCUCUACCUGGACGAGCCCGACCUCCACUGGACCUCCCAGAUCGCCCUCUUGGACUACGUGGUCAUCUCCGCAGGCCACUGGUUCUUCCGGCCCACCUACUUCCACCUCCGCGGCCGCCUCGCGGGCUGCCUAUACUGCCCGGAGCCCAACGCCACCCACCUCAGCGCCUACUUCAGCUACCGCCACGCCUUCCACACAGCCUUCCGAGGCAUGAACGAGGGCGGGUUCAGGGGCGUGGCGUUCCUGAGGACGUACGCGCCGUCGCACUUUGAGGGGGCGGCGUGGGACAAGGGCGGAGACUGCGUGCGGAGGCGGCCGUACAGGAGGGGCGAGGUGGAGCUGGAGGAUUAUGGCCUCCAGCUGUAUGUGAUACAGCUGGAGGAGCUGAGAGUUGCGCAGGAAGAGGGGAGGAGGAGCGGAGGGACGUUCAAGCUGUUUGAUGCGACGGUGGCGAUGCUGCUGCGGCCGGAUGGGCAUCCGAGUAGAUAUGGGCAUUGGCCCGUGGAGAAUCAGACGUUUGCGAAUGACUGCGUGCAUUGGUGCUUGCCUGGACCCAUUGAUGCUUGGAAUGAUUUUUUGCAUCAGUUAUUAAAGAGACAAGUAGAUUCUAGAUUAUAGCACUUUGUUUUUACUUUUUCAUCUUAAUUGCAACAUCCAUUAGUACC